UAUUCUCUUACUACAGUUUUAGGAUGUUCAGUUUCUACCGUGCUGUAUGGUGGGUAGCCGCUUGCUGUUGUUUACAAGCAUGUUCAUCAGACCCAUGUACAGACUACACUGCAGACGAAGAGCCAAAGCGCAGCACUCAGUACAACGUUACCGCGAACUCUACUUUACUAUGUGAUCUCGGCCUCUCUACUGGAUGGUACCGCUUUACAAGCGCGGCCGGUGGAGAGAUACCAACCACCUGCCCUCCGCAAUUUGCAUGCGGUACCCACGAACCCAUGUGGUUAAACGGCACCCAUCCGGUAGUUGAGGAUGGGGAAGUCGACCGGACUGUCUGCGUACAUCACCUUGACCAAAGCGGAAGUGAUUGCUGUGGUUUGCAGGUUAACAUCCGGGUUAGAAACUGUAGCGGCUUCUAUGUGUACUACCUGACAAGCCCGCCAGGGUGCGACAUGGCGUACUGUGCAGGGACAGAGACACCGUGCCCUGCUGGGACCACCUCCUCAAAUUCUGACUUCACACCAGGAUGUUUCACUCCCAACAACCCGGCUGUGACGACCAACACAGCAGCAGUGAUCGUUCCUGUGCUGUGUAUCGUGUUCAUGCUGCUGUUUCUCGGGGGCGGACUGAUACUGUACAAGGGGAAGCGCUACGGACAUGAGAGAAGCGUGCACGUAUCGCCCAGCCCUGUCAGAAGGAAAUACAGCGUACCGACCAUUGAUGAGUGAAGUUUUUAGUUGAAAUUAGUAACGCAAUUUGGCAUACG